GCCACAGUAAGAAGUUAUCCCCUACUGCGCAGCCGCAGCCCAGGUGACGAAGAUGGUGCUCAUCAAGGAAUACCGUGUCGUGUUGCCGGUCUCUGUCGAAGAGUAUCAAGUAGGGCAACUGUACUCUGUGGCUGAGGCUAGCAAGAAUGAGACGGGAGGAGGAGAAGGAAUCGAAGUUCUGAAAAAUGAACCGUACGAGAAGGAAGGGGAGAAGGGACAAUAUACACACAAAAUAUAUCAUCUAAAGAGUAAAGUUCCUGGGUAUGUGAAGAUGAUUGCACCAGAGGGAGCAUUAGUUUUUCACGAAAAAGCUUGGAACGCUUACCCAUACUGCCGCACUAUUGUGACGAACGAGUACAUGAAAGACGACUUCAUGAUAAAGAUCGAGACGUGGCACAAACCCGACAUGGGAACAAUAGAAAACGUGCACGACCUGGAUGAGGAGACGUGGAGGACCGUAGAUGUGGUGCGCAUAGAUAUUGCAAGCAAAGACGAAGUAGCCCCAGGGGACUACAAGCCAGAAGAAGACCCCUCCCUUUUCCACUCCCCAAGGACGGGCAGAGGACCGCUGGGUCCCGAUUGGAAGAACGAGCUGAAGCCAGAUUGUCCUUACAUGUGUGCGUAUAAACUGGUCACUGUCAAGUUCAGAUGGUGGGGUCUGCAGACCAAAGUGGAAAACUUCAUCCACAGGCAAGAAAAGCGAAUUUUCACCAACUUCCACCGUCAGCUGUUCUGCUGGAUUGACAAAUGGGUUGGUUUGACUAUGGAGGACAUCCGGCGGAUGGAGGAGGAGACCCAGAAAGAGCUAGAGGAGAUGCGUCAGAAAGGUGACGUGCGAGGCACCACGGCAACAGACGAGUAGAGGCGCUGCCCUGUAGGUCAGACACUAGAGGCAGGCUGACUGCGUAAAACAGGUCCGAUUCGAGGCACCAGUGCUGCUCAUGAGCAGUGAGGCAAAUCAACCAAACCCUGUCAUGAUGAUGUCAUCGGAGACGCGCCCACCCUGCUGAGAAAGUGGCCCCCCCGACUUCGCCUCUUCUCGUCCCGUCUCACAUGAUUCAUUGGGGGGGUUUGAUGCGAUUGGUUAACAGUACUGUACAGAUCCCAUCCCUGUCACAAGCCUCCUGUUCACUCAGUUAACACACACACACACACACACACACACAAAAGCAUAUAAGAAAAUGUAAGAAAAAAAAAAAAGUUUUUGCAUACAUGUAUUAAAAAAAAAAAAAAAAAUUGCACAGAACAUAAAAUUGCCUGAUAUGUAAUUGUUAGUUGAUUCUAAUGGGCUUUGUUUUUAUUCAGGUCUGUAAACUAUGACUCCAGAAGCCAAGCCUUUUAAAUUAGAAUGUUGUUUUCUAGCUUCACAGGUCGGCACCACAAAUUCAGUUUAUUUAAGCAGGUGUCGGACCGCUUUUACCCUGUCUUGUAAUAUAACUGUUUCUGUUUUACUUCCCCCUCACUGCUGUCCAUUUGCUUCGCUUUGUCCUCGAAGCUCGUUUGUUUUCCGCUCCCCUGCUUCAUCCUGCUGUCCCGUCUGUCUGACAGUUUCCUGGGAAUACUUUCCCCCACCGUUUGGAAGUCUUGAGGUGGUUUUGAUGAUAUCAAACAUUUAUUUUUCCUCCGCAUUCAAACGCCACAUGUUUUUUGUCAAACAGUGGAAUCUGUAUUUUUUUAAAAAAGCAUUUUUUUACCUGUCGCUGCAUGUAGUAGCUGCAGUGCAGCUUCUCUCAGUUCUACUGCGUUCAGAGUGCAAGGGAGCACCUUCUACUUGUGUCAGCGUGAGCAUGUGUGUGCUCGUCAGUGUUUCUAACUGCCUUCACUCUUAAAGGACUGUCUGGUUUUUUUUUGUUUUUUAAUUUAAUUUAAUUUUUUGGAGUGGGAUUGAGAUGGAUAGCUUCAAAUCCAGGUUAAACCAGCCUUCUGAACUUUGCCUCACGCUGUCGCUGCAUGGCCUUCUCUCCUACGGCUAGGGCUUUAACCGGACGGCUCACACAGCCUCCACAACGAAACAAAGCAAAACUAAAGUGUGAGUGUGCAUCGCUGCGUGCAUGAAUUGGGUUAGGGUUUUUUUUUUUUCCCUCUCUUCUUUUGCAAAUAAAUAUAUGUGUGAUUAUGUAUCCAAAAUCUGAAAUUUCUCAACUGUCAGAAAUGGGUCCAGGCUGAUCUGCCAUGUUUGUUGGGGAUUUUUUUUUGUUUUGUUUUUGUUUCCUCCAUUUGCGUUUAUGUAUCCAGGAAAUGAGCCUAAAGAUUUUGUUUAUUCUAAUUUAGGCUAAGUUUGGAAAUCGCUCUAGAUUUUGAAGCGAUCCUGUUGGCUUCGUUACAUGAGAUUUUCACAUCUGUAGGUUGGGGUUUAGAUGUUGUUGUUUUUUAGUAUUAUCAUUUUUAUUAUUAUUUUGAGCUUGGGGUAAAAAUGUAGUUAGUGUUGUGGCUUUAAGGCUGUGAUCUGGUGUCUCUAAAAUUGAGUUUUGUCACAAAGUUACAUGAAAGCUUGACUGUAAGCGUGCUCUUUAUGAAAUCCGAGAACAAAGCGGACAAACUGUAAAUAUGAGCGCCACUGGGCUACUAGCAUCGUCAGGUUUAUUCAUUUACAAUAUCGCUCUGAUUUCUUAACGGCAGGUGAAAUCAGCCCUGUGUGUAAAGCGGAGCCGACCGUACCUCAUCCACGCUUAUGAAUGUGUAGCUCUACAUGCAUAAGAGGGACAGAUGUCGAUAUCACCAGUACAUGAGGACAAAUGGUUUGACUAAAGCUUGAUUUGCAUGUUUGGUUUUAAUUUUUAAUUUUUUUUUAAAACACUUUAUUUUCGCCAACUUUUUCUUGCGAGUUUCUUGAACCGCAUCAGACGAGGUGAACAGUUAAAGGGGCGGACUUCCCCUCACAAUCAGACUCCCCCCAGCUGGACCUCUGAUUUAUGAGACGAGGAGUGAAAAGCCCGGGAGUCUGGUCAUGACGGGAGUGGAAUCAGUGGAGUUAUCCCAGCCAACGGAUACUGUAAGGAGGAAAGGGCUUGGAGCAUAUAUGGGGUGGAAAAAAAAAAGAAAGAGAUGGAGUCCAAAAAUACUGUUUUCUUAUUGUAAUCAUGAAUAAGCACUUGCAAAAUCUACUGGGUUUUUUUUUAUGUUUUCUUUUUUUGUUUUUUGAAAGACAAAGAUUCACAAUGUAUUCAAUUUUCUCUUUCUGAUAAGGCAAACAUUCAGGGGAAUUAGUAGUGAAUGUAAAACAAUUAGUACCUUUUUCCUCGUUCAUAGCUUUCAGGCUGUGACGGAAGGUCUAGACAAUGGAGCAUAACAGAAUAAUAAAUUUGAACAAAUAAAAUGA